CACCAAGCUGUUUUGUGUUCUAGUUAUACUUUUACAAUCGCUACAGUUGAUCUUUUUUCAGCAACAUGUUCAACUUUAAAACGACCGUCGUAUUUGUGCUGCUUGCAGCUUUGUGUUGCCACGCAAAAUUCACAAAUCGCCAGCUCAAGAUCCUCCACAACUACAUCGACGGGUGCGCUUCGGACCUGGGCAUCAAAGACUUCGACAAACUCGAGCUGCUCGCGGUCGCCGGACGCCAAACGACCCCCUCCGAGAACUUCGUCAAGAUAUUGCACUGUUUGUUUCUGAGCGCCGAUUUUGUCAGCUGUGACGGCACGGUUCAGGGGGACAACUUUACCGCGUUCAUCGCCGAUGGCCACAACAACAUGGACCAGCUGCCAGCCGCGCUCAAGAGCUGCGUGGACGGUCUGAAGGGCACUCCGGAGGAGCGAUCCUUCCAGCUGUACCGGUGCAUGUUUGGGCAGCACAAGUUUGAGAUGUGAAAAUGGGAGUUAAGAUAUAUGUUUUUUUUGUGGAGAAGGCUUUUCGCCUUCAAAUUAACAAAUAAAAAAUUGAGAGAA